UCCGCAAAGCAAAAGUGGCAGCUCUGGUGGCCACUCUCGGAACUACGUCGGGGCGAGGGUGAGCGUGGUCUCUCCCCUCCACUUCCACUCGCGGAGCGCGUCGCCCAGCCCAAGCCGAGGCGAGGAGGUUAUGUUUUCUCUCUACAGUGUUUCGAUUGAAACUGUGGAGAGAUGGAGACAGUAUCGGUCAAACGAAACAAAUCGAUGAAAUGGUGUACUGUGAUAGGUUGCACGUCACAUGGAGGAUCUAUGUUUUUAUUUCCUAAAAAUGAGGAACAACAACUUCAAUGGGCGAGAGCCUGCAGGAUUGUGAAAGAUGUGACGAAUUUCAUAUACAUUUGCUCGCGUCAUUUCAAUGAAGAUGAUUUGAUCGCAACAGCCUCGGGUAUGCGCCUGAGAAAGGGUGCCGUUCCAUCAAAACAUUUGCCCAGUGAAGAUAGUGUUAUCGUUAAAAAGCCUGGUACUCGCUCGUGCAUAGUGAAAGGAUGCUCUUAUGGUUUACGCCAGGAUGAUACCAUUCAUAAGUUUCCCCAGUGUAAACUUCGACAAGAGGAAUGGAAAGCCGCUGUACAAGCAGAUUUUGUGAGCGUAAGCACUAGAAUUUGCUCUAGGCACUUUGAGCCCACCGACUUCAAAAUUUUGAGCAAUGGUAAGAAAAUGUUGACUUCGUCUGCCUUCCCUACUCUCCAUCUGCCAGGGGCAGACAAUGACACAGGUUGCCAGGGAGAUGAAUGUUUGUCUUCGAAUGAGUGGAGAGCUAUUUGUAAGAAGUGUCAAGCAGCUGGUGGGGAAGAGACAGGGGACCUUCAAAUCGUAUCAGAUGUUGAAGAUAGUGUUAGUGGUAGUGAUGCUGAGGGUGGGGGGCUUGACCAGGAUCAGGAGGAGCUGCCUAUUUCUGAUGUUAUUGGUGAGAUUCGUGAGUCAGUUUUUUCUGGCCUCACUGGUCCCGAGUCAGCAGAGGUGAACAGUGUAUUGUCACACUUUGCAGACAAUAAGAAUGAAGCAAGCACCUCAGUUCUAGAUUUUGAAUCAAUGCUUAAGGAGCUUAAUUUGUCCGAAAAGGAGACAAGAAUUGGACAAGAAGUAUGCCCUUUGUCACCCUCUGAAUCCCAGGGUGCUCUUGUAGACUGUGGUACGCAGACAGACCUUUCUUUGAUUCACUUUAAUUUACUUGACUUACUUCAAACAGAUGUGCAGUGUAAAUCUUUUUUGGGUGUUGAUUUGAGAAUGUUAAAUUCACUUGCUGGCAUGUGUCAAAGAUUCAAGCCAGUUUCUCAUAACAGUGCUAUGACCAUGAAGGAAAGAGUUGCCAUGGUUUUAUGUAAAUUGUACCUAAACAUAUCUUUUGAAUGUCUCGCAAUCCUGUUUGGAGUCAGCCGCCAGGUUUGUUCCCACACAUUUAGUCCCACAGUGCAAUUGAUGCAUUGUCUCAUGGAUGUCCUAAUAAGGUGGCCAUCCAAGGAGGAAACUUUGAAAAACAUGCCGGCAUGUUUUAAAAAGUUCAAAGAUACUCGAGUAGUUUUGGACUGCACUGAGAUUCCUGUUGACAGCCCCCAGUGCCUGCAGUGUCGCAUUCGUAUGUACUCUCACUACAAAGGUAGAUUAACUAUCAAGUUGCUGCUUGGUGUGUCCCCCUCUGGCCUUAUCAUUUACCGCAGUAAAUGUUAUGGUGGAAAAGCAUCAGACCAAAAAAUUUUUGCUGAAGGUACUUUGAUAACUGAAAAUAUUCUUGAACCGUUUUCUGAUGCUGUAAUGGUUGAUAAAGGGUUCAAAAUUGAUAAGGUAGUUGAGGAGAGAAAUAUAAAAAUGCAUCGUCCCCCCUUUGUAAGAAAGAAAAUGCCUCUUACUGAGCAAGCUGCUAAUUUCAAUGUAGCUGUUGCUGUAGCCAGGGUUCAUGUUGAGAGAGUAAUUCAGAGAAUGAAGUUGUUCCGCAUUCUGAGUGACAAAAUUCCUUGGUAUGUGGUGCCUGAUAUUGAUGCCAUUUUCACCGUUGUUUGUGCACUUGUUAAUGUGAGUUCCCCUGUUCUUGCAAAGGAACGCUUCUUGACUCAGGCUGAUUGUGACCAUAUGAAUAAAUAAACACUAAAUAAGUCAAUAGUU